AACCAAAAGCUACUCUUACUAUACUCCAACUAGCUAGCUAGCGAGGGACGACGACACUAGUCAUGGCAAUGGAGUACGCCUCAAGCACGAGCAGGCUCUGCUGCUGGCUCGCCGCCCUCGUCCUGCUCUCUUGCUGCCCCAGCCCAACGGCGGCGGCACCCGGCGGCCGGAAGCUGCUCGAGAUCAGCCUGGCGCAGCAGUUCGUGGUGCCGCAGACCCACCUGCGCGCCAUCCAUGGCCUGCGCCCGCUCAAGUGGAGCAGCGACCUGGCGGACCAGGCGGCGCGGUGGGCCGGCGGGUUCACGCGCGACUGCGCGGCCCCGUCGACGUCCGGCGUCAACGUGUUCCGCGGCGUAGGGGAUGUCGGGAGGACCUGGCAGCCGAGCGACGCCGUGGCGGCGUGGGCGGAGCAGGCGAGCCACUUCGACUUCGGCGCCGGCGCGUGCGCCAUCGGGAACAUAUGUGCGCAGUUCGAGCAGCUGAUGUGGCGCAUGAGCACGCAGGUCGGCUGCGCCACCGUGCAGUGCGCCUCCGGGGAGACGCUCAUGACAUGCCACUACUGGCCUCGGGGCAACAUCAUGGGCCAGAGGCCAUUCUGAUCUCUGAUCUCUACUACUAGCUGAUCCAUGCAUUGAAGCCGGCCGUGGUGUGCCCGCCUAAUACACCUGCCGUUGUGAUCUGAUCGCCUUGUGACAUCGUCGUGUGUUUUGCAUUUUCUUAAUAGUGUUAUUUCGUUACUACUUUGGGAGUUUAUUUAGAUGAUGUUAUGACGAGGCUCAUGCUUGCUUUCGUGAAAGGCAUGAGAAUGAAAUCUGUCAUACUCACCCAAUUUCAUGAGCUUUUUAAGUUGUUCGCUUUUA